AUGAUGGAAAGCAUUCUUAUUCAAGGCCUGGUUGGAUCAGUAAUUACUUAUAUGGUUUUCUCCAGGGGGAAAAACAAUCAUCUUUUAUUCCCAAGACUUAAUAAGUUCAGACACAUUAUAUCCAUUUCUCUAUGUUUGUGUAUUAUAGCUUACACUAUUGCUUCAAAACCUCUGACUUACUAUGAUAUUAUUCAAGUAGAUAGAUGGGCUCCCAGAGCCGAACUUGUUCAAUCAAUUAGAGUUGCUAAAAAGAAAUAUCACCCUGACAAAAACAAGCUAGACGAGAAGUCAAACUAUACUGAACUUUUUUAUGAAAUUCAAAAAAUUGAAACUGUGUUCAGUUCUGAAUCUAAAAGAAAUAAUUAUAACAAGUAUGGUGACUUUAGAGCUGAUGGGAUUAUUGAAGACAGAAAUAUUAUUCUAUGCCUUAUACUAGGUAUUGCUUUCCAUGUCUACUCUUGCUUAUUUGGUCUAUUUUUGUCUUUUCCUUCUAUUUUCAGAAAGUCAAGAGGAUUAUUUCCAGUAUAUUCCAUUGCAGUUUUCUGUGCUGAGCUUCAUAUGAGACUUUCUGAAGAUCCAAAUCCACUUUCAUUUUUACCAGUAAUUGGGGGGUUACUACCCUUUGAGAAGAUUCGAAUUUUGAGAUCUCUUUUUACAUGUGUUUUAAUUAUUUCCUUCUUCUAUGCCUCCAAUAACUACAGAGAUUAUGAUGAAAUUCUAAAUGGUAUGCUAAAGGGAAACUUGAUCACAAAUAAAAGGAUUAUUGAUCUGACUCAGUCCCUAAUUGUUCAGCUUCAAACUCACGGAAUAGGCUCCACAUCUACAACUAGUAAUCAAAGCAAGAAUAAAAAGAAAAACAAUCCAUCAUCAUCUAAUACUGCUACUAAUCCAAAGAUUAAAGUGGAUAGUGAUAAUGAACAAGAAAACCCUGAAUUGGAGGUAAUACAUCAACUCAGUGAGCCUCUCAAGGAAUUGGCUUCUACAAUGAAUGAAUCACAGAAGAAACAGCUUCAAAAUGUUUUAAACAUUGCUUUUGCAGCUAAAGGAAAGGAAAACAAAGGGAAACCUGGAAUUCUUAGUCGAGUGUUUGGGAGCAGUUUCUUUUGGAUUAUUUUGGUUGGAUAUGUUUUUCAAAUUAUCAAAAACUAUUUUUCUUAG